UUGAGCUCACGAUGGAUCGCCGUUUGGAGUCUAUGGAAAUCUCCCAAAAUCAACGAUUGGAUGACAUACGUCAAGAGUUCCGUCAACAGAAUAAAGAAAUUCUCGCUGUUUUGUCUAUGAAUCAAGGUCAUCCUUCCAACACCACUAAUGAUCCUAAUGCUGGGAUUUUGGGGUCAGCAGGCCCUGCGCGGAAUCUGCGUCUCACAAAUUUAGAUCAUCCCAGAUCCCGAUCAGUAAAAUUGGAAUUCCCCAGAUUUGGAUCGGGAGAUCCUUUAGAUUGGAUUUAUGCAGCGGAACGUUACUUCCAAUAUUUUCACAUUCCUGAUUCUGAACGACUUCUAUUGGUUUCGUUUAAUUUGGACUCUCCUGCAUCAUGUUGGUUCCGGAGUCAAUACCAGGCGGGUCCAUACCCGGAUUGGACUACGUUUGUUGCUGCACUUCAACAGCGUUUUCGUCCAUCGGAGUUUGAGGACUCAGCUUCUGCUCUUUUCAAACCACAGCAAACAGAAGAAAACAUUCUCUCCCCGAGUCUUCAGCUGAUGCAUGGGUCCCACCUUAAGGCGCUGAUUGAGGGCACCACAGACACAGAGACCUGGACCUACGCUAUCCUCUGGCGCUCUUCCUCCUCCUCCUCCUCUAACCGCUCCCUCUUGAAUUUCGACCAUGGCCACUACAACCCCAAAGCGUCGUCGUGUAAGUGCCUCCCUAAGCAGGUUAGCAUUUUCGGGUCGCCUGUCACCGUCACGGUCACGGACGAAGGAGUGGUCAGCGACGAGGAGUGGUUCUUUAAGAUAUCGAUGGAUCAGUCCUUCGCCGACACAGAGGACUUGCCCGGACACGCUUUCUUCAAUUCGAGUCCCGUUUGGGUAACCGGCACAGAUCAGUUAUUGGCUUCCACGUGGCAGAGGACCAAGUGGGGCCACAGCUUUGGGAUUCGAACCUUCGUUGUCAUACCCUCCGAGAAUGGGGUGCUGGAGCUGGGCUCCACCGAGCUCAUACUCUGCAACACUGCGCGGCUGGACGCGAUGUUCGGUUUCCUCGUUCGGACUCGGUUACUUGGCCACCUUCCCCUACAACAUCUUCGUGAACAAAUCCGCUUGCAGUCUUCGAACGUUGAAAGCUGGCUUGAAAAAAUAGAUAAUGAGAUAGAGAAUUGCGAGCAAGACACCUCAUAUAAGCCAUUCCCAGGCAAAGAGAAGAUCAAUGAUUUAAAAUGUCCAUGGCCACUAUUGACAGACAAUUCUGACAAAAGCACCGAUAGAACUUCGUAUUCAUGUUCACACGAUUAUUCUGGCCCGUCCAGAAUUUUUAGUAUAUAGUUUCAUUUAUAACAUAUAAGUUUGUGGAAUUUUGUAUUUGAGUUCUAUGCACGCGAUAAUUGAACUUAAAUAUGAGAGGAAACAUAAGACUAACUAUAUAUUGGGAGUGUGGAGUAUUUAAGUAUGAUCUUUCUAAUGUU